GAGUCAUAAUCGGUUGUCUAACUGGAACAUCAGCCUGGAAUCACAAACAUUACAGGAAGUGAAAAUGAAUUACAACGAGCUAACAGAAAUCCCAUAUUUUGGAGAACCAACAUCUAAUAUUACUCUACUUUCAUUAGUCCAUAAUAUAAUCCCAGAAAUAAAUGCAGAGGUGUUCCAGUUUUACCCUGCUCUUGAGAGUUUAGACCUCAGCUCAAAUAUUAUAUCAGAAAUCAAGACAUCUUCAUUUCCGCGAAUGCAGCUUAAAUACCUGAAUUUGACUAAUAACAGGAUAACCAUCUUGGAGGCUGGUUGUUUUGAUAAUUUAUCGAGUUCCUUAUUAGUGGUAAAGUUAAACCGGAACCGAAUUAGCAUGAUUCCCCCUAAGAUCUUCAAGCUACCUCACCUUCAGUUCUUGGAACUUAAAAGGAACAGGAUUAAAAUUGUGGAAGGUCUUACAUUCCAAGGGCUUGACUCCUUAAGAUCUUUGAAAAUGCAGCGGAAUGGAAUUAGCAAACUUAAGGAUGGAGCAUUUUUUGGCUUGAAUAACAUGGAAGAACUAGAACUGGAACAUAAUAAUCUUACACGAGUGAACAAGGGGUGGUUAUAUGGCUUGCGAAUGUUACAACAGCUCUAUGUGAGCCAGAAUGCUAUUGAAAGAAUCAGCCCUGAUGCAUGGGAAUUCUGCCAAAGACUAUCUGAACUUGAUUUGUCUUAUAACCAGCUUACCCGCCUGGAUGAAUCUGCCUUUGUGGGUCUGAGCUUACUGGAGAGAUUGAAUUUAGGGGACAACAGAGUCAGUCACAUUGCUGAUGGUGUGUUUAGGUUUCUUUCCAAUCUUCAGACACUAGACUUAAGAAACAAUGAAAUUUCAUGGGCCAUAGAAGAUGCUAGUGAAGCCUUUGUUGGACUCACAAGUCUCAAUAAAUUAAUCUUACAAGGAAACCAGAUUAAGUCUAUUACAAGGAAAGCAUUCAUUGGUCUUGAAUCCCUUGAGCAUCUAGAUUUGGACAACAAUGCUAUAAUGUCUAUCCAAGAAAAUGCUUUUUCUCAAACUCACUUGAAAGAACUGAUUCUGAACACAAGCAGUUUGCUGUGUGACUGCCAUUUGAAGUGGUUUCUUCAAUGGCUGGUUGAUAAUAACUUUGAACAUUCUGUGAAUGUAAGCUGUGCACACCCCGAAUGGCUAGCAGGGCAAAGCAUCCUGAAUGUGGAUCUGAAAGAUUUUGUCUGUGAUGAUUUUCUCAAGCCACAGAUAAGGAUGCAUCCUGAAACCAUAGUUGCUCUAAAAGGCAUGAACGUGACUCUGACAUGCACUGCAGUAAGCAGUAGUGAUUCACCCAUGUCCGCUAUGUGGCGCAAAGACAGUGAAAUCCUGUAUGAUGUGGAUAUUGAGAAUUUUGUUCGUUAUCGGCAGCAAGCUGGAGAAGCUCUGGAAUAUACUAGCAUCUUACACCUUUUCAGUGUGAAUUUCACUGAUGAAGGAAAAUAUCAGUGUAUUGUUACUAAUCACUUUGGUUCUAAUUAUUCCCAGAAAGCCAGACUGACUGUGAAUGAGAUGCCAUCUUUCCUGAAAACUCCAAUGGAUCUAACUAUUCGCACUGGUGCCAUGGCCAGAUUAGAAUGUGCUGCAGAGGGGCACCCUGCACCUCAGAUUUCCUGGCAGAAAGAUGGUGGUACUGACUUUCCCGCAGCUCGAGAAAGACGUAUGCAUGUCAUGCCCGAGGAUGAUGUGUUCUUCAUUGCCAACGUGAAAAUAGAAGACAUGGGAAUCUAUAGCUGCAUGGCACAAAAUAUAGCAGGAGGCCUCUCAGCAAAUGCCUCCCUAACAGUGUUAGAGACGCCCUCAUUUAUUAGACCCCUGGAGGACAAGACAGUAACCCGAGGUGAAACAGCGGUUUUACAGUGCAUAGCUGGAGGGAGUCCUGCCCCUCGCCUCAACUGGACUAAAGAUGAUGGACCACUGCUGGUGACGGAACGACAUUUCUUUGCUGCAGCCAACCAGCUUCUCAUCAUUGUAGAUGCUGGGCUAGAAGAUGCUGGGAAAUAUACCUGCAUUAUGUCUAACACCCUUGGGACAGAACGUGGCCAUAUUUACCUUAAUGUCAUUUCAUCCCCCAAUUGUGACUCUUCCCAGAGUAGCAUUGGGCAUGAAGAUGAUGGCUGGACCACUGUUGGCAUUGUCAUCAUUGUUGUGGUCUGCUGUGUCGUGGGUACCUCUUUGAUCUGGGUCAUUGUUAUUUACCACAUGAGAAGGAAAAAUGAAGACUAUAGUAUCACGAACACAGAGGAGCUCAAUCUGCCUGCAGAUAUUCCCAGCUACUUGUCUUCCCAGGGAACACUGUCUGAGCCACAGGAAGGCUACAGCAACUCUGAGGCAGGCAGUCAUCAGCAACUUAUGCCUCCUGCCAAUGGAUAUAUACACAAAGGCACUGACGGUGGCACUGGUACUCGGGUGAUCUGCUCAGAUUGUUAUGACAAUGCCAACAUCUACUCCAGGACCCGAGAAUACUGUCCAUACACCUAUAUUGCUGAGGAGGAUGUUCUAGAUCAGACACUGUCCAGCCUCAUGAUCCAGAUGCCCAAAGAGACUUAUUUGGUACACCCUCCCCAAGAUGCUGCUGUCCUGGAGAGCCUAAUAUCAUCAGCAGACAGAGAGCUAUCUGCCUUUCCUACCAACCAUGAGAGGAUAAAUGAGAAGAAGCUUUCCUGUACACAGAUGAGCAGUGGUAGUGCUCUCAUUUGACAGGAAGCAAACAAACUGG